UGCUAAUUACAGGAAGCUACUAAAAUUAACUGCACAAGAACAAGCGCCAACGGUGAAAAGGUUUGGUACAAAGUUACAGUCCAGAAUAAGGCAGUAUUGGUAUUAUUAUUUGUGAGUAUGUUUAGCUGAUGCUUGAGCCUCGUCGGUAUCUGCAGCUGCAGCUGUUGCUUAGAAACGCUUGUCAACAAUCGCUGACCAAGGUAGGUUAGGGAGGUAGGUACUUCUAAGUCGUCAAACUCGCGCUACGUCAACACGUUAUUAAUCGUACGAAGGGGAUGUUUAGAAUAGAGAAACAAGCAUUUCACUUACAUUACACGAACUUUACAGUGUCACAAAUGCUAGCCGGUUAGCUUCAGAGGCUAACGUUAGCUAAAGUACUGAAUUUCUGUUAGUGGUCAACAUGUCGGUGCCGUUCGGUGACACCCACCUGAGAAUCCCUCGGGGAUUUGGUGCCAUCCUAGAAGGCCUGGCCCGAGAAAUUCUACGGGACCAGCCUGGAGACAUUCCCAAGUAUGCUGCCCUCCACUUCAAACAUCUUCUCAAGCAACGAGAAGAUAGUGGCGUGGACCCAUCUGAGUGGGCUGGCAGCCUGGAAGAUCGAUAUGAGUUCAACUGUGCCUUUCAGGCUAUUUCUGAGCAAGAGCCUGCAACAGAAGUUCCCAUGUCUCGAGAUAAACCGCCUGACUCUCAAGUGGAGGAUCAGUCCGCACAGCCAGCUGAGGCCACACAAGUCUCAGCUCCAGCUUCUGAUCAAGUUGAUCAGACGGAUAAUGCUAAAAACGAUGAUGUACCUCAGUCUGAGUCCACUAGUACAGGAGGAGACACACAAAGUGGAGCUUCAGCGGUUAUAGGGAAUGUUGAAGCUGAAGAACCAGAAGAUGCUUUGCUGCAGUCUGAUCUAGUUGAAGCGAACACUGAUGUGGACGCUGAGGUGGAUGCUGAAACGGACGCUGAGGUGGACGCUGACAUGGAUGCUGAGACAGACGCUGAGGUGGACGCUGACGUGGAUGCUGACUUAGACGCUGAGACGGACGCUGAAGUAGACAGUGAGGCGGUUGAUGAAACAGAUGCUGAAGUGGAUGGUAAGGUGGACGCCGAAGCGGACGCUGAGGCCGAAGCUGACAUAGAAGCUCAGAUGGAAGCUGAGAUGGAAGCUGGGAUGGAAGCUGAGGUGGAAACUGAGGUGGAAGCUGAGGUGGAAGCUGAGGUGGAAGCUGAGGUGGAAGCUAAGGUGGAAGCUGAGGUGGAAGCUGAGGUAGAAGCUGAGGUGGAAGCUGAGGUAGAGGCUUCAGAGGUGGAAGGACCAGAGGCAACCACGGUCAAGGCUGAUGAUAACAAAGAGGAUGAGGGUGAUAAUUCACAGGCCAUUGAUGAGGAGAACCAGCAAAUCCAGUCUGAAGAAACCGAUGGAAUCCAACGGCAAAGCGAAACCCUUGAUGAUGAGCAAGAAGCUGGAGAUCAGGAUGGAGAGAUAACUGAAGAGGUUGGAGCAGGAUUGGAGGCCACUAAUGAGGAAGAAGAAGGCAAUGUGGACAACAACGAAGGUUUGGUUGAGGUUGACUUUGAGGAGAUUCCAGAGGUUCAGCAAAGUGAUGACAUGGAGCAGCAGCCAGAAGAAGACAAAGGUCCAGAAGAGGUUACAGAGGUGGAAGAUCCUGAAGAGCAAGGCAACGAUGAGCCUGGAAUGGAGGAUGACCAGAACAAAGAGGAAACAAAAGAUGAUGCGGUUGAUGAGCACCCAGAGGAGGCGGGGCCAAAGGAUGCAGCAGAAGAUGAUGAUCAACACGGGGAUUAGGCGGCCCUCUCAAGUUGUAUAGUUUAGGUUCUACUAUGGAAAAAAAAUCCAAACAAAUGGACGACCAUCUUGGAACAAACUGUGUUUGACUUCGAGGUUCCACAGGGCACUUCAGACCAAUUUUUUCAAGAGUGAGUCCCCAACAACCACUGGAGGCUUUCACCUUGAUGGUAACAGAAUGCACCAAGGCUGUUAUAUUAUUACUUACCGCCGC